AUGGAGGAGGGCGGUGCCGGCGCCGAGUUCGAUGGUGGAUUUGCCGGCGAUGUUGAACGUAGUCCCGGUGUCUAUGAAUUCGGCGGCGAGGAGGGAGGCGUUCCAGAGGUAGUGGCCGAAGAGCAAGCGGUCCUCGUCGGCGGAAGGGUCGGCGAGCUCGAUGCGCAGGGGGCGGGGCAGGGACGGGGAGGUGUAGAGGAGGGUGGUGUCGGCGUCGCCGUGCUGGUUGGCGACGGCGUCGGGGAAUAUGACGGCGAGGGAGGAGGAGAGGAAGUCUUCGGGUUCGGAUUCGGGGAUUUCGGGCACGAGACGGUCGGUGAGGUUCGUGGAGGCCAUGGCGCGUCGGCGGCGGCCGGAAGGGGAGCGGGGUGUCCCGGGUGCGAGGAGCAGGAAGGAGCUUGA